AUGGGCAGUUAUUCUUUAAAAUUAACAUUCUUUCGAGCGACAUCUGGCAGCGAGUGUAGUAAAGUGCACAGAUCUGUGAAUGUCAGUGAGAAUUGUUGUGUUUUCUCCUCGACAAAAAUGACUCUGGACGCGAAAAUACAGCAGGAAUACAAAAUCCUGGCAGAAUAUAAAAUGCUGAUGAGUGAAAACUUGAGGGGAGUUUAUGUGAUUCCUUCUCACGACAAUCCUCUUCACUGGUUUGGGGUGAUUUUCGUGCGAGAAGGACUGUAUAGAGAGGGAAUCUUUCGCUUUUCCAUCACCUUUCCGGACACUUUUCCAAACAGUUCGCGAGCGCCUGUGAUUGAGUUCAAAUCCGAGGUGUUUCAUCCGUUUAUCCGACCAGAAACACGACAGCUGGACACGAGGGACGCUUUUCCCGACUGGGAUUCAUCGUGUCAUCUGUGGCAAUUGCUAAAAUACGUGAUUUAUGUGCUGGAACAGCCGGAAGUUUGUCUCAGUUCUUCGCUAAUUGAGCAGGAAGCUCAGGAGGAUGCGAUGGGUGGCAGGAAUCGAGAGGCUCUGGAGAUGCUGAAGCACAAUCGGGCAGACUUUGUGGCCAGCGUGAAGAAGUGCGUGCAGGAGAGCCAGGAGAGAGUGUACGAGAAUGUGGACGGUGAGGAUAAGCAUGCAAUUGUAUUUGAGGCUUGGGAUCAGAAUGUUCACCAGGGCAUUCUGGAGAAGAUCAAGAGUAAUCAGCCACUAGAGACGAUCCUGCAGACACAAACGGCGACAAACACGGGAAUAUUUCCAUAGAACACUAUUAAAUUUCUCUCUUUUUCUAAUAAUCUCGCCUGAG